AUGGAUCGCGACGAGAUUGCGCCUCAGAGGAGCAUGUCCAAUAGCACAAAUACCUCAUCCUUGACUCCGCUGGCUAUCUUCGCCGCUGUCAUUGUCACUGUUAUUGAUCACAUUCUCGCGGAAUCUUGCUUGCCGAAUAGUAGCCGAUUGGUGCUCUAUCCUCGAUCUUCCGUUCGCGCCUUACAUCCCGCAUUUACUCUUACGGGCAAUGCUCGAUUACUCCCUUGGGUUGGCCCCGAUAAGUUGUUUGGAAUGGUCGAUUUCAUUGGCUGGGUUUAA